UCCCCUCCCCUACCCCCUCCUCCGCCGCCGCCGCCGCCUCCCUGCCUCCCAGCCCGCGCACACGCACCGCCGCGUCGCGCCGCGUCGACGAGGACCGAGGGAGGAGAUGGUCGGGCCAGGGCUCUACCCCGAGAUCGGCAAGAAGGCCAGGGAUCUGCUGUACAGGGACUACCAGACCGACCACAAGUUCACCCUCACCACCUACACCUCCAAUGGCGUCGCAAUCACUGCUACCAGCACAAAGAAGGCUGAUCUGAUUUUUGGUGAGAUCCAGUCACAGAUAAAGAACAAGAACAUCACAGUAGAUGUGAAAGCAAACUCAGACUCAAAUGUUGUUACUACUGUAACUGUCGAUGAACUUACACCAGGAUUGAAGUCCAUCUUAAGCUUUGCUGUUCCCGAUCAAAGAUCUGGAAAGUUUGAGCUUCAGUACUUGCAUGAUUAUGCUGGUGUUAGUGCAAGCAUUGGUUUGACUGCCAAUCCUGUAGUCAAUCUCUCCAGUGUUUUUGGUACCAAGGCUCUUGCUGUUGGUGCUGAUGUCUCACUUGAUACUGCCACUGGGAACUUGACCAAAUACAAUGCUGGAUUGAGCUUCACUAAUGAUGAUCUUAUCGCAUCAUUGAACCUGAACAACAAGGGAGAUAGCCUCACUGCAUCUUAUUACCACAUUGUGAAUCAUUCGGCCACAGCUGUUGGAGCUGAGCUUACCCACAGCUUCUCAAGCAAUGAGAACAGCCUUACCUUCGGUACUCAGCACACUCUCGAUCCGCUGACUGUUGUUAAGGCCCGCUUCAACAAUUCUGGCAAGGCCAGCGCGCUGCUCCAGCACGAAUGGAGGCCCAAGUCACUGUGGACCAUCUCAGCAGAAGUUGACACCAAGGCCAUUGAGAAGAGCUCAAAGGUCGGCAUAGCGGUGGCCCUCAAGCCUUGAUUUUCUCAGGUUGUACUUCCAUUUCAAAUCUGAAACUGAGAUGACUUGAAAAACAUCUUGCUUUGCGUCCACUUUGUGGUUGUUGCGCAGUCUAGAGAUUCCAAGAACUGCCAUGUUUCCUUUGAGGAAUUUUUUUCAGUUAACGGUGUAGCACUUAUUCAAUGAGCAACCUUUGCACUGCAAUAAUUCAAGCUCGGCAAAAUUCUGAACUUGCUUCUAGGCGA